AUGUCAAUCCCGUCGACAACCGACAUAGGUUCGGGCGCUCGGGGCCUAACCCGCCCUUGGGCGCUCACCGACUACUCCGCCGCGGCCAAGAUCAUGAAGAAUGCACUUGAUCACGGCGCCAAUUUCUGGAACGGGAGUCUGCAUUACGGGCCUCCUCAUGCAAACUCGCUGCAGCUGCUCAAGUACUACUUCGAUAACCACCCGGAGGACGCAGACAAGGUCGUCCUCAGCAUCAAGGGGGCAUACGACCCCAAGACCCAUACCCCGGAUGGUAGCCCGGAAGGCAUCCGGGCGUCAGUUGGGGAGGCCCUCAAGGUGCUGAAUGGCGUCAAGAAUAUCGACAUUUUCGAAUGUGCGCGCGUUGACCCAAACGUGCCGAUCGAGACGUCGGUCCGUGCUCUGGCAGAGCUUGUCAAGGAGGGUAAAAUCGGCGGGAUCGGGCUCAGCGAGGUCAGCGCGAACACGAUCCGUCGCGCCCACGCUGUGCAUCCGAUUGCCGCUGUGGAGGUAGAACUGAGUCUCUUUACUACCGAUCCGCUUACCAAUGGUGUGGCCGACACAUGCCACGAGCUUGGCAUCCCUCUCAUCGCCUACAGCCCCAUUAGUCGCGGCUGGCUGACGGGCGGGUUCCACAAGCCAGAGGACAUACCCGCGAACGACAUGCGUCGCAUCCUGCCACGGUUUCAGCCGGGUGUUUUUGAGAAGAACUUCAAGCUCGUCGAGGCGGUGGAGCGGAUUGCGAAGCGCCGCGGAACCACCGUCGCGCAGUUGGCCAUCGCGUGGGUUCUUCGCCAGGGGGCGAUUCCUAUUCCCGGGUCGACAAAGGACGUUCCUUUGACCGAGCAGGACCUGCAAGAGAUUCAGAAGUUGCUGGAUGCUCUGCCUAUUGCCGGAGAGCGGUACGGGGGACAGCAUGAGAAGCUCCUUAACUUGUAG